AAAAUGAGAUUGGUUUUUUUGCUCCUCCUUCUUCCAGGCCAUUCCCCACACUGUCCUCUCCCCCACACAGAGACUGGGAUAAGAAGGAGGGCAGAGUUGGGGGCUGAGAGAUCAGAAGCUUCACAGUGGCUGGAUCUGAAGGAGGCUCUGGCCAGGGGCAGCUGUGCUGGCUCCUGGCUCUCUGGCUGCAGCUGCCACCUUCAGCCUGAUGCUGGGGACUCUGGGGCUGUGGGCACUGCUUCCUGCAGCUGUGCAAGCACCCCCAAGCAGGCGAACCUGUGUGUUCUUUGAGGCCCCUGGAGUGCAAGGAAGUACAGAGACACUGGGGAAGCUGCUAGAUGCAGGACCAGGCCCUCCCAGGCUUAUCCGCUGUCUCUACAGCCACUGCUGCUUUGGGAUCUGGAACCUCACCCAAGACCAGACACAGGUGGAGAUGCAGGGAUGCCAAGAGGAUGAUGAGCCUGGCUGUGACUCCCCCCAGUGUGACCUGAGCCCCAGAGCCCACCCCAGCCCUGGCUCCACUCUCUUCACGUGCUCCUGUGGCACUGACCUCUGCAAUGCCAACUACAGCCACUUGCCUCCCCGCAAGAGCCCUGGCUCUCUGGACUCCCAGGGCCCCCAGCCUGCUCCAGGUAAAGUCAUCUGGAUGGCGCUGGCGCUGCUGGGACUGUGCCUCCUGCUGCUGCUCCUGGGCAACACCAUUCUGGCCCUGCUACAGAGGAAGGCCUGCCCCUGCCGAGUGCCAGGGGGGUCUCAGCCAGAGCCGGAGGCAGAAAGGGAUUGGCUUGCGGAACUGCCAGAACUGCCUGAGCUGAGCUUUUCCCAGGUGAUUCAGGAAGGAGAUCUCACAGUCGUGUGGGCUGGAGAGCUGCAAGGUGAGCUGGUAGCCAUCAAGGCCUUCCCCCCUCGGGCCAUGGCCCAGUUUCAAGCUGAGAGAGCAUUGUACCAGCUGCCAGGCCUCCAGCAUGACCACAUUGUCCGCUUCAUCACAUCCAGCAAGGGCAGCCCGGGCCCCCUGCCUUGUGGGCCUCUGCUGGUACUAGAGCUGCAUCCCAAGGGCUCCCUAUACCACUACUUGACAUGGCACACCAGUGACUGGAGAAGCUCCAUGCGAAUGGCACUGUCCUUGACACAGGGCUUGGUGUUUCUCCAUGAGGAGCUCUGGCAGGAUGGCCAUUAUAAACCAAGCAUUGCCCACCGAGAUCUGAGCAGCCAGAACGUGCUCAUUCGGGAAGAUGGGUCAUGUGUCAUCGGAGACCUGGGCCUCGCCUUGGUGCUCCCUGGCUUCACCCAGCCCCCAGCGCGGGGCCCUAUUCAACCCCGAAGCCCUGCUGCCAUAAUGGAAGCCGGCACCCAGAGGUACAUGGCGCCGGAACUCUUGGAUAAGACUCUGGACCUACAGGACUGGGGCCUGGCCCUCAGGAGAGCAGACAUCUACUCUCUGGCUCUGCUCCUGUGGGAGAUCCUCAGCCGCUGCUCAGACCUGUGGCCAGACAGCAGACCACCACCCUUCCAGCUGGCCUAUGAGGCAGAACUGGGCAGCUCUCCCACCAGCUCUGAAUUGUGGACCUUGACAGUGGAAGAGAGAAGGCGCCCCCACGUCCCAACCACCUGGCACUGCUUCAGCACAGACCCUGGUGGCCUGAGGGACCUCCUGGAAGACUGUUGGGAUGCAGACCCGGAAGCUCGGCUGACGGCAGAGUGUGUACAGCAGCGCCUGGCUGCCCUGGCCUCUUCCCCAGAGACCUGUCCUGCCCUGGAGGAGUGUCACUUGGUCUGUCCGCCUCUUCACCUGGAAGACUGUCUGUCCACUCCUACCCCACUCCAUUCUUCCUUGUAGUCUCAGCUAAGUGUCUGCCCCUUUAAUAGUGAGCAAAGAUCCUUGUUCCAGUUAGUACCAUUUCUCAUGUAAAUAUGCAGUUAUGUGUAAUCUGUGUACGUGCAGAAAUAAAUAUGAAGACUGGA